AAGAAACAAAACAAGAAAAUAAAAAAAAGAUUAAAAAAAAAAAGAAGGAAAAAUUCAAAAACUCCAAAAAACUAAAAAAGGGCUUCACAGGUCAGAUUCCACCUUCCCCUUUGUAUCCUCCCAUCUGAUCUCUCUUCCAUUUUCUCAGAUCCCAAACACCCCCUUCUUCUCUCCCACCCUUAAUUCCCAGGCCCUUCUUCUUCCUUUACCAUGAUCACCUUUCUCUGACAUAUAUAUAAAUAUAUAUAUUUUUUAUUAUAUAUAAUAUUACAAAAAUCCGUUAUUUAGCUUUCUUUUUGCGUUUGGAUCCUCCAUUUUUUCUUCGCGUUCCAAAUAAGAGAAAAUUGAACAAGAAUAAGGGAAACCCAGAAAAAAAAAAAAAAAGCCAUGAACGACUUUGAGGGUCUUUUGGCCACCGAUUACGGUUUCAAACCCUCUGGCAAGUCGGCCCCAAUGUCUGCCUCCGCUGCAGCUUCGUCCAAGGGCUCUGCUACCAAUCACAACCCGAACUUCGAUCUGGGAUCUCGUGGACCGCCGCGAUCCGCCCGCUCUUCCAAUUCCUUUGGUGGGUCUCCUUCCGAUGAUCGCGAUUCGGUUUUUGGGUCGUCGGGGUCUCAGAAACCCCACGAUUUCAGCGACCUCGGCGACAUUUUUGGUGGCUCGGCGAGGUACGCCAGCAAAUCGGAGACUCGCGGUGCAGAUUCGGCCUUCGAUUUCGACUCCAUGUUCGGUGAUACCAGUGGUGGUGGUGUUGGUGGUGGUGGUGGUGCCAAGUCUUCAUCGUCGAAUUCGGAGCCUGUUUACGAUAAACCCGUUUACGACGACGACAUUUUUGACGGCGUUCCGGGUCUGAAAAGCUCGUCCAAAGUUAAGUACGAGGAUGUUUUCGCGUCUUCGGGGGCUUCGUCGUCUCCGAAAGGGAGUAGUAGUGCAUUUGAUGAUCUUCUUGGUGGUUUUGGUAAGGCCGAGCCACGAUCGAAGAGCUUCGGUUCCAAAGGACAGGAGAAGAUCGAUAAGGGUGUGCCUAGCUUCGACGAUUUGAUACCUGGGUUUGGUGGUAGUAGUCCCCCUACUGAAAGGUCAGCUUCUGAGACCUGGCCUCCAGAAACUACUGCCAGUGUCAGUAAAACGACAUCCAAGGUGAUGGAAGAUCCCUUUGUUGUACCAGGAAAGUUUGAUGACCCAUUGGAAGAAAUUAGUAAGCUUUCUAACUCUGGAAGCACAAAAUCUGAUAAUGGAAGGGUAUUUGAUGAUGUGGAUCCCUUUGAUGGCCUUGGAAAAUCUGUGCCAGCUUUUUCUUCAGAUAGGAGCAAGGAAAAAGAUAGGAGUGCUUCAAGGUCAGAUUCAAUUGGUAGUGGGACCAGAGCUUAUAGUGGUAGAGAAUCAACCGAGAAGCCUUCUGUGAGAAGUCCGGAUAGCCAAUAUCAGAAGAAGACACCUGUUGACAAUGAUUGGGAUUCACAGAAAACCAUGUUUGAUAUGCCUACGGCUUCUACUUAUUCACAUAAAUCUUCUGGUCAACCUAUGUCCCCCCCUUCCUAUGCAAAUUCUAGUGUUAAGGAUGAGACCACACAGAUGGAUGGGUCUUUAAGGUUUGAAGAAAGUUCAGACUCACCAGAAGAUAUAUGGCUCACCGUUUCAGAGAUUCCACUUUACACUCUACCUACUAGUGCUCCACCACCUUCAAGACCACCUCCUCCAAGACCUGUACAGGUUUCAAAGGCACGAACACGUUCCCCUGCUUCCACAAAUGCAAGAAGAACGGCUAAUGAGUACUCUUCUUAUCCAAAUUCAACUCAAAACUUUCAGGUUCCCAAGUCAGCUCCUGCUGCAAAGGGCUCAGCUACUUCUCCCAUAGAUGAGCUUGAAGAUUUUGCCACAAGUAGGAGCAGAAGCAAUGCUGAUGAUCAUGCAAAUGGUCCUUUUGGUGAAGAAUUGGAAAUGAACUCAGUUGCUGCUGCUAUGAAGGAGGCUAUGGAUAAAGCUGAGGCUAAAUUCAGACAUGCUAAGGAAGUGCGGGAGAGAGAGAGUUCAAAGGCUGCUAGAAGUAAAGAGCCACAGCCGGAGAAAGAUGAAAAAGCUGUCCAUGAAAGGUUGGAACGCGAGCAGUUGCAGAGGGAAAGGCAAGAGGAAGAAAUGGAACAACAGAGACUUAGGGAAAUUGAGAGAGAACGGGAGGAGAAAGAGAGAGAACAAAGGAGACUUGAGAAGGAGAGGGACAGAGCACGGGAGAUUGAGAGGGAAAGGGAAAAAGCUAGACAAGCUGUGGAAAGAGCCACUAGGGAAGCACGUGAGAGAGCAGCUGUUGAAGCUCGUGCAAGAGCUGAAAGGGCAAAAGCUGAAAGGGCUGCUGUUGGAAAGGCAAAUGCUGAAGCUCGAGAACGUGCUGAAAGGGCUGCAGUUCAAAGAGCUCAAGCUGAAGCUCGUGAAAGAGCAGCAGCGGAGGCAAAGGAAAGAGCAGAAAAGGCUGCUGCUGAAGCCAGGGAAAGAGCAAAUUCAGAAGCAAAGGAAAGGGAAGCCCGGGAUAGAGCUGCUGAAGCGCGAGCUAGAGCAGAACGAGCUGCUGUAGAAAGGGCUGCUGCAGAGGCUCGAGAAAGGGCUGCCGCAGAGGCUCGAGAAAGGGCUGCCGCUGCUGCUGCUAGGGCAAACCAACCAAAGAAUGAAAACGAUCUGGAAGCAUUUUUCAGCAUGGGUCGGGCCAGCAGUGCACCAAGGCCUAGGUCUAACUCAUCGGAUCCCUUUGAUACCCAAUUUCAGAGCAGGAAAGAGCCUGAAGUGGCAAAAACAUAUGGUGGAACUUCAUCAAACAUGAGAAAGGCAUCUUCAACCACAAAUAUUGUUGAUGACCUUUCCUCUAUAUUUGGAGCUGCUCCAUCAUCUGGCGAGUUCCAGGAUGUUGAAGGGGAAACUGAAGAAAGACGAAGAGCCAGGUUAGAACGGCACCAGAGGACCCAAGAACGAGCGGCGAAGGCACUAGCAGAAAAGAAUGAGCGUGACCUGCAAAUCCAGAGGGAUCAAGCUGAGAGACAUAGGAUUGCUGAAACACUAGAUGUUGAGAUCAAGCGUUGGGCUGCAGGGAAGGAAGGGAAUUUGCGAGCUCUGCUAUCGACCUUGCAAUAUGUGCUCUGGCCUGAAUGUGGUUGGAGUCCAGUUUCUUUGACUGAUAUGAUUACUGCUGCCUCCGUUAAGAAAGUAUAUAGAAAAGCAACUUUAUGCAUUCAUCCAGAUAAGGUGCAACAGAAAGGUGCCAAUCUACAGCAAAAAUAUAUUGCAGAGAAGGUGUUUGACCUUCUUAAGGAAGCUUGGAACAAGUUCAAUUCAGAGGAGCUAUUUUGAAUUUUGUUGAUGAUAUUUCCACUUCAAGUUCGCGGCCUCAUUUUUUAGUGAAGAGGGAAGUGCACUAUGUUGUAGAAGAAAGACGUUCACUCGGUGACGGUAGAAUUUGGACUUGAGUUUAUAUGCUUUGAUGAAGGAGACCUUCAGCCUACGGAGAAUCCUGGAUUGUCGUCUGUUUCGCCGUCUCCUUUCUAUCCUCUGCUCUCUCAAAUUUGUUCUCCCUGUGUCUUGUAAUUGUUUGCCCGGGGGAUUUCAUCCACGAGUUAAGAGGAAAGGUGGUUUAAAGAUCUGUUCAUGAAAUUUGGAAUGAGUAGUUGAUGUAGGAUGGAAACUAUGUUUUGUUACACUCAUCAACCAUAUUCAUUGAUUUUUCUCUUGAGUGAGAAAGGGCGGGUGGUUUGGUCAAUUUUUUGGUCUCUUUUUACCUUUUGUGAUAUAUAGCUCAUUGAGUAUAAAUACCAUUAUUUGUAUUGAUACUAAAAGACUAAAUAUAUCCAGUGUAUGAUUGAGCUGUGAAUUUUAUAA